UUGAAUUAAAACUUAGAAACUUUAGUCAAUAACUUUGUGUCUGUUUGGGAUUGUGACACUGAUGUCUCUGAGAGGUUGAGCUGGAGUCGUGGAGUUCUGGGUCCCCAAGGAAGAGGGGACAGGGGCCCCAGGCUUGUGGAUAGAAGCCCGGAGUGAGUGACAGAGGGAGAGACGGUCUGCUGCGGAAUGGCAUCGGGAACGCGCUAUGCCGGGAAGGUGGUCGUCGUGACAGGGGGCGGGCGCGGCAUCGGAGCAGGGAUAGUUAGAGCCUUCGCGGAAAGCGGCGCCCAAGUGGUUAUCUGUGACAAAGAUGAGUCCAGGGGUCAGGCUCUGGAGCAAGAGCUUCCUGGAACUGUCUUUCUCCUCUGUGAUGUGACUCAGGAGGAAGAUGUGAAGACGCUCAUUUCUGAGACUGUCCGCCGUUUUGGCCACCUGGAUUGUGUAGUCAACAACGCCGGCUACCAUCCACCUCCGCAGUGGCCCGAGGAGACCUCCGCCCAGGGCUUCCGGCAGCUGCUGGAGCUGAACCUGCUGGGCACAUACACCCUGACCAAGCUUGCCCUCCCUCACCUGCGGAAGAGCCGGGGGAAUGUCAUCAACAUCUCCAGUCUGGUCGGGGCAAUUGGCCAGUCCCAGGCAGUUCCCUAUGUGGCCACUAAGGGGGCAGUAACAGCCAUGACCAAAGCUUUGGCCCUGGAUGAGAGUCAAUAUGGCGUCCGUGUCAACUGCAUCUCCCCGGGAAACAUCUGGACCCCACUGUGGGAAGAUCUGGCAGCCUCAACACCUGAUCCCACUGCCACAAUCCGAGAGGGCACACUGGCCCAGCCCCUGGGCCGCAUGGGCCAGCCAGCUGAGGUGGGGGCUGCCGCUGUGUUCCUGGCCUCUGAAGCCACCUUUUGCACAGGGAUUGAGCUGCUGGUGACUGGGGGUGCUGAGCUGGGGUAUGGGUGCAAGGCAGGUCCGGGCACCCCAGUGGAGACCCCCACCAUACCUUCCUGAUCUCCCACAUUUCCACUUGGGCCUCCCUGACUAGGGCUCUCCCACCCCAAACACAGUGUCCCAAAUUCCAGCUUCUACAUUCUGCCUCUCAGGUACCGCCCCCAAUUGGAGACAUUAAACCACCUCACAGGUUCCCAAAAAGCACUUUGCAGUGGAGGAGGAGGGCAUCAUUACAUUUAUUUUCAGCCCUUUAUGAGUCCUACCACACCAGGACCCCAUCCCCCGCCUCCCCCUCAGCCCCACGCAUUCCCACGCGUGCCCUGGACCCGAGGGACUACAACUCCUGGCAGGCCUUGCAGAAAGAGCCUGUAUGUAGGCAGGGGCUCCUGGGAAAGGCAGUGCUGGUCGGCUUCACCUGCGCGCUAAUGAAAAGGUCCGCAGGGGAGAAUAAAUUAGACUCUAAUUAGAAGAUGAUGGAGGAGGUAAAGCAAAAGACCUCCUCUUUAUUUUUGGCCCCUAGGAGAGAGGAUUGUUGACCUUGCUACUUGCGGAGUUGGAGAGUGGCCAUCGCCAAAAGUCUUGAGGGAAGAGAAAGCUGGGGGUUGAAACUCCUGCGUAGGAGGGAGGAGGGGCUGGGGUCCGGAAAAACCUGGGUUUGGGGAAGGAGGGAAAACCAAGGGGUGUAGAUUCCCUGGCUGGGAAGGAUUGGAACCUAGACUCCACGAGGCGGGGCGACAGGCCCAGUCUUGGGUAAGUCCCCCAGGUGAGGAGGCGGAGCUGCAUUGCUGCUGCGGAUUGGCCGCGGCGGGGGUGUGCGGCAAUCUCUGAUUGGCCGCUGCGGAGGCUGGAGCGGUCUGGGCGCCGCACCCUAACGACUCCAGCCAAGGCGGUGGGGGAGGAGGACUGGGGAGAAGGGAAGAAAAACAGGGAGACAUCCUGCGGGGGAGGGUUGUGAAUCUGCCUGCCUGCCUGUGGCCCUUAGGGCUGGGGAACAGAAUUUGAGGACAAAAUGUCCCAGGGUAGCACAGUGACCUAGGACCCAGAGUUUAAGGAUACAGCAGGAACGAUAUUUUGGUGUCACAGUCACCCGGAUGGUGGAGUUGAGGGGCACAGUUACCGAGCACGAUAUAGGGGACACUGAUGCAGGUUUGAAUUGCUACAGAGAAGAGGGAUCCUGUGGGGCUGUGAUCGGCUAAUUUUGCCUCUGGGGAUCAUGAAGUUGGGGAGACACUCUUGAAGGGAAACAGGCUGUUUAUAGAAACUCAUUGAUGAAUUGCUGGAUUGGAAAUUUUCGGGCCUCACUGGUGAAAGGGGCUGGAAGGAGGCAUGGUGAACCGUGUGUGUGUUUAACUCUUAAAAAGUUACAAAGAAUGCACAUGUAUCUUCUCGUUGGAAAGAAAACCUAUAUUCAAACAGAGAAGUAUCCAAACAGUGAACCUCCCCCUUCAUCCCUACCUGCCACCCUCUUCAGAGUCCUUUCCCUGUUCCUGUGCAUUUUUACAUAAUACCUGUGCCCACCGACAUUUAUAGCAAGAAUUGUGAUAUGUAAAGAUUUCUGCUCCCUGCCUUUCCCUUCUCUUGCUCGGGCUGCUUAUCCUUGAUAGCGCUCCACAAUAGUGCUGAACCUAUUAAAAGGCAUUUUUUCAAA